GUCAUUUUAAAUUGUCCCUCUCCUGGUGCCGUAGUAAACAGUAAUGGCUUCCACCGAGACGCAGUCGCGUUUCGGUCAAUCUGUUAAAGGUUUAUUGUCUGAUAAAGUGACUUCUUGCAGUGGAGAUGUGAUCGCUCUAACCCGUCAAGUGUUGAAAGGAUCCCGGAGCCAAGAACUACUCAGUCAGGCAGCGAGAAAUAUGGUAAUUCAAGAAGAUGCCAUUCUGCAUUCUGAAGAUAGUCUACGGAAAAUGUCUAUUAUAACGACCCACUUGCAAUAUCAGCAAGAGGCCAUUCAAAAGAAUGUAGAACACUCCAAAAACCUGCAGGACCAGCUGAGACACUUGAUGAAAUAAUGUAGCUAUUCUAACAUCAUGCUGUGGAUAUAGACUACUCUAGUUUUUCAUUGAUUUUUUUUUAACAGUAAAUCACAUCAUUAUUUGAGAUUGCAGAUGAUGGCUCAUUUCAUGCAAAGGUCAUCAUCCUUCUCUUCUCUUCAGUUUGCUUCUGGUUGCUUUUGCAAAGCAUGCAUAAGACCUUCAAGUGAAGGCUUCUCUGUGAGAGACUAUUUCCAGUAUUCGUAUUUGUCUUCAUAUAUGUCAAAACAAUAUGAACUGUUUUUGUCUCAUCUUUUUAAGCAUAGAUUUGUGUAAGAACAUUUGCUUUUAGACUUUUAGGUCUUGAAUUCAUUGUGCACCAGCUGUACAAAUUGUAUUUUCUUUAUUUACGUCUUGGUUUAUGGUGUUAUUGUUGUGCUAAACUUGAAUAUUUUUCUAUAAAAUGCCACAAAUAAUUGUUUCUGCACAUUUUGCUAAUUAUUAUUUUGUGUGUGUGUAAGCUUGGAGCAACUUUAUUAAAUGUAUGUGGAAAACUA